CUAGUUGGGGGUGGUCCUGCUUUGAGCAAGGGGUUGGGCUAGAUGACUUCCUGAUGUCCCUUCUAACCCUAGCUUUCGAUGAUUUUGUGUGCGUCACAUAGACAAGAGCAGGAUUCCUUGAUAUGUAGACUUGAUAAAGCCCCAUAAACACAUAGCUGUUGUCGCUGGCUGUGGAUAUAAAGGAGAGGUGAUCUCUAAGCAUUGGAUGUUGGCUACAGUGUACACUGUGGAUUUUGAGUGAGUGUUCUGAUGCUCCUGCUGGAACUGAAAAGUCUGGAGGUUUCUGGUUAGAGGUUUUGCUUCUCUGCUCAGGAAAGAAUUUAACACAGAUCCAUGGACAUGCAGUCAAACAAGCCUGUCUCAGUACCUCCUGGUGGAUUUGUGAAUCCAGCUUAUCCACCAGGUUAUACAGGAAAUCAAGCUGCUUAUGGGUAUCCUCAGUAUGCACCUGGAACUUUUGAGGGUGCUCCUGGACAAGCUAACUAUGUCUUCCAGGGCCACCCAGUAGGAACUCCAUAUGCACCUGGGGUGCCCCCAGUCCAAAAUCAGCCUGUUGGGCCUGGUGGGGCACCCUGGAUGCCAGCACCACCCCCUCCUCUCAACUGUCCUCCUGGAUUAGAAUACUUAAGUCAGAUUGACCAGAUAUUAAUUCAUCAGCAGAUUGAGCUUCUGGAAAUUAUUACUGGUUUUGAAACAAACAACAAAUAUGAAAUAAAAAAUGCCAUGGGACAAAGGGUAUACUUUGCAGCAGAAGAGAAUGAUUGCUGUACUCGCAAUUGUUGUGGACCAUCGCGACCUUUCACCAUUAAGAUUUUUGAUAAUAUAGGGCAAGAAGUGAUCACAUUGCAAAGACCUCUCAGGUGCUCUUCUUGCUGUUGUCCUUGCUGUUUGCAAGAGCUUGAGGUUCAGGCUCCUCCAGGUACCCCAGUUGGCUACAUUACCCAAGACUGGGACCCUUGUGUGCCUAAAUUUACUAUUCAAAAUGAGAAAAGGAUGGAAGUAUUGAAAAUCACUGGUCCAUGCAUUGUAUGCAGCUGUUGUGAAGAUAUUAAUUUUGAGGUGAAGUCAAAUGAAGAUGUAGUUGGAAGAAUUUCUAAGCAGUGGACUGGAUUUGUAAGAGAGGCAUUUACAGAUGCUGAUAAUUUUGGAAUCCAGUUCCCAAUGGACCUUGAUGUUAAAAUGAAAGCUGUUAUGAUUGGUGCUUGCUUCCUUAUUGAUUUCAUGUUUUUUGAACAAACUGGGAAUAAGAACCAACGAGCAGGAGUGUGGCAGUAAAAUCCUGGGUCGGAUUUGAAACAUUUCAACAAAGAGGAAAACUCUAUGCUACUUCAUAGUCUUUCCAAAAUAUGCCACAAGGCUCCUGUGCCUGAAGAUUUCAAAAUAUCUUGCUUGUUUGCUAUUUUUGUAAUCUAAAGAUUCUAUUAUAUAUUUUUAUUUUCAGUAUCAAAAUAAGUCUAAUUGUCUAAACAAGUCUAAUUGUCUAUGCAAAUCUUGUUUAUAUUUUAUAAUGUGAAGUGUAUGUCACACUUUACUGUGAAUAUGACAAGCUUUUCUCAAGAUUUUUGAGCACUUAGUAGGCAUUCCUCUUUACUACUGAAACAUGUAGUUAACUUCUGUUCUAGACAUGUGGUUCUGAAAAAACCUUCAAGAAUUCUUAUAUGAAAAAGAGCAUUUCAGUUGUGUGUGUGUGUGUCGACACACACACACAGAACACAAAUAUAUUUAUCAUAAAAGAAGGCUGGACCAAACUUAACAGAAGUAUAGCAAGGGUCUAAUUAUUCUUCUAUAUGUAUCUACACGUCCACAUUUGCCCAACAGUUGAUGUGUCUCACUGUGUUUUAACCAUAUACUAGAAAAAUUGUACUAUAAUCCUUCAUCUAAUUCAUUUCCACAAACUCAACAAUUACUCCUAGGACUAGGGCAAAUACUCAUAUGUUGAAAGAAUAACAACACUAACUUAUCCCUCAUUGCUGUGAUCACAUCAUUGUUUCUCUACUACUUUUCAUGGCUGUUGGUGAAGCGAAUAGCUGUCUCGGGUAUAUAAGGGUUGAUGAGUGUGUGUAUGUGUGUAUAAACACACACACACCCCAAUUUUUGUAUAUUUCUAAACAUGGCAUUUAGGUAUGGAAAUGGGUAGAUACAAUAAACAUAGGACCAUUCUGACAUUUUAUACAGUACUGUCAAUUUUUAACAUCUAGUUUCUGUCUUAUAACCAUUCUUGUAAACUGUGUUUUUUUUAUUUGUUUUCUUUCUUGUGCUUUUCGGGAAAGACAGAGGUGGACAAAUUAAUAAUUAGCUUGCUCCUAACUUUUAUCCCAAAGGCGCAGGCAUCUGGGUUAUAGGGGUUGUCCUAAAUUAGGGAAAACAUUUUUCUGAGUGAACAAAUGUCCACUUAAGAUUCAAAGUUAUAGUAGGAUUUAUAAAUGCUGAAAUAAUCCUCACUGAUAACAGUCUGCAGUUAGUUGCACCUAAGCUGAUCUAAUGCCUUUUCCACUUUGAGUGAAGCUGCUGCAUUUGCAUCACUUCUAAACUUUGCCUUUCCCAUAUUAAAAUAUAAAUAACAUCUUCUGCUAUUGCUGUUGAUGUUGCCAAAACAAACCAGGACUGUUGUAUGAAACUAAGAUCUAGUGCUAAGAUACUAAGAGUAGAAUCUCCAGAUGUUCAGGAAAAUAUGUCUUUAAGUUCCCAUGAAGUUGGGGCUGAAACCCCUGGCAUCACUUAAAGGAGCUGCUCUAAAUCAUUCCAGGUGGUGUAUAGUCUGGGGCUGUUCUGUUGAUUGGACAUUGCUUCUCAAACCUACUUUCCUGCAACAGGACCGGAAGUAGGAAUCCUGCCAACUUUUUUCUUUCUCCCUGCUACCACCUAAAUGAAAUUCCAGCUGCCAUCUACAGAAAGCUCUUCACCAGAAGUACAACAGAAGCAAUAAAAAAAACAAGGGUUUUGGUCCAUGCUCUUCUCUGAAUGUAAUAUUCAGAGCUAAUUUAGUAAUAAAGUGGGAAAUGCAAGCUUUGGGUCCUGUUGGAUUUCUCCUAAUUUUACUAAAAUAUAUUAUGAAGAAAUUAAACUAAUGCACAUCUACUCUGAACCAGUUAUGGGCUCAGUUGUUCUUGUUUUGUAGGUAGGUGAUUUACAGACUGUCAGAAUGUUAAUCCACCAUAUUACAUCAAGUUCACAAGAAGGUUUGUUUAUAUAUUGCACUUAUCCAAUUUUUUGUUUAUAUUCAAGUGCUUAUUAAAUUCUGCAUUUAUUUCUUCUGAUUGACUUUUAUCUAUAAUAUCUCCAAGAAAAGUACUAAAGGUUUUUGUUUUUCUUCCUUGCCUCUUGUGUUAAAAAUUAAAAAGGUGUUGCCUUUCUUUUUUUUGUGCGGAGCAAUGUAAGUUCUUUAUUUUAAAUAUAAAGUUGAGAGAACCCAGUUAUUAA